AUGGCGGUGGAGGUGCUGCGCCCGGCAGAGACCGUGGCGAUGUUCGUGCAGGAGACGGGGCCUGAGGAUCGAGAGGUGGCGGAUUUAGAUGGAGCGGCCGUAUUGAAAGAAGAAGAGCCGCCACUGGGCAAGCUUUUUACCGUCUUGCGUCAGCCCGAUGCGAGGUCACAGAGCUUGAUGGAUCAAAUUAUCGCCAAGAUGCUCUCGCUUGGAGCUCAUCCCAAUGACACCGACAGUCUGAGUGGCAACACUAUGCUGCACUAUGCCUGCAAGGCGGCAGGUCAGAGCCAGCAAGUCGAAGAGGCUGCGCUCCGCGCUAUUGAACAACUUCUCGAACAGGGCGCUGCUGUCAAUAUUCGCAACGCCCUGACAGACAUGACACCGCUGCACACGGCAGCUUUUUUCGCAUCUGCCGCUGCCAUCAGCCUCCUGUGUGAAAGCGGGCGGCGCAUCGACCUGGAGGUCAAAUGCAGCGAGUUUGAAGACUGCACGGCUCUGCAUUUGGCCGUUUUGGUAGGCUCCUUUGCGACAGUGGAGGCUCUGUUGAUCGCUGGCGCCGACAAAGCCACGCGCGACGGAGAACGUCGCACCCCCAUUCAGCUGGCCCGCAUCAUGGCCACCUCAAGCCCGGAUCCUCUCGCGAGCCGUCUGACCACGGGCCGCUACGAGGAGGUGCAAGCGGAGCUGGACCAGGCCAGUGUUGAGGUCGGGGAUCGCGUGCGCGUGACCACCAACGAUGCUACGGGCUUGGUUCGCUUUGUUGGACCAGUGCAUUUUCGAGCCAACGUCGAGCUGGUGGGGGUGCAGCUGGAUGCCCCCGUGGGCAAACACAAUGGUACAGUGCACGGGCAAGAGUAUUUUCGAUGCAAGCCAAAUCACGGUGUGUUGGUGGCACCUGACAAGGUGGUCAUCUUGAGCAAGGCCCUGGCCAACAUUGCACAAACACCACGCAAGGCCUCGGCGACUCAGGUUGACUUUGGCACAAAGACCUCAAUCCAAGCUUCACAGCCAAGUCUGGCAGAGACCACGACGAACCGCACGCUUACUCGACCUGCCAAGCGUGACACUGAGCGCAAGGCUCCCGAGCCUGAGCCCCGUCCCGUGUACGAACAUGAAAAGCUGGUAAAGGGGGAUCGUGUUUUGGUGCGAGGCAAGCAUCUUGCAGAAGUUGGCUACAUCGGCCCACUAGAGAGAGAGAGAGAGAGAGAGAUGGCAGAGCUGUCGGCGGCGUCGUUGUUGCCACCGGCGGCGGCGGUAGCGGUAGCGGUGGUGGGAGAGGCCUCAGGAGAAAUGACGGGAUUAUCAGCAGCGGAGACCUCGGGGGCAAGUGCGCGAGCAUAUGGUGCCUCGGCCGGGGCACCCUUGGCGGUGAUGGGUCCGGAACGAGGGGUGGUCGACUCGGAUCUGACCAGCGAGAAUGAAGACCAGGAACAAGACCAGGACCGGGAUUUGGAGCAGGAACGGGAGCAUGGGAAGGCUUCGCCGCCUGCCAAACGGCCCUACCUUCGCAAACCUGUGGAUGAGGAGGUGUAUCAGUACGUGAGCAACGCUGUUCGUCAACAUCGGCUGGCGCUCUCGCGCUCGCUCUCGCUGGCAGAAAAGUGGGAUGUGGUGGCUACGCACGCGCACAACCUUCACGAGGCCUAUCAACACCAACGGCCGUCCAAGGCGUCAAGCGCCGAGACGAAAAAGCUGAGUGCCGUGCAACAGACGGCGCGCAUGCUGCGACGCUCGCCCAAGUUGUGCGCCAGCGUUUGGAGCGAGUUUGUGAAAACGGGCACUGUGACGGCGGCCGACGAAUCGGGGCCGCGUGGUAAAAAAAGAACGCGGUUCAGGCGGACCAAGGCACUGAAAAUGCUUUUGCGCAACUGGUUAUACGAGCAACAGUUGAAUCGGCAACGGGUGGUAGCCAAGGAUGUCCUGCAGUUUCUGGUCGAUCACGGUGUCCUGCCUGCCGUGGACCUGGCGCACAGCCGGAGCCGAGAGAGCGCUUUGCGCAGCGUGCAGCGGUACAUUGCCUGGGUAGGCUUUAAACGGGCUCGUUUGGCUGGGCAGCCAAUGCUACUGGAGCCGCAGCACGUGUUGGUGCAGCGGGAUACUUUUGUGCGCCGGAUGCUGGCCACGCGACUGACCCGGCGGAUCGUGUACCUGGAUGAGGGGUGUCUGCACCAUCACUACCAGCGCCCCUCAUCGGACGGCUCCGAGGUAGACCGACACCGCGGUCGCUUUUACAGUUUUAUUGGAGCCAUUGUGUCGGCGGAUCCAACCGCCCUGGCAGCUGCCGCCGCCUCGGCGGACGCUAGCGCGCUGCUCGAGGCACAGCGGCCGGGCCUGUUGUUUGAAACGGUCGAGGUCUUUGACGCGGCUAAAAAGGCCGAAGGCCGGUAUCAGUCCAAGGACUACCGCGAGUCCUUUGAUAACGCAUACAUGCAAGAAUGGAUGGCCAAGUGUCUGGGCGUCUUGGCGGAGCGCAACAUUCACAACGCCGUGAUAGUGAUGGAUCAAGCGCGCCAUCACACCUUUUUGCCGGCAUCUGCGCCGCAGCCCGAAUGGUCAACGGCCCGGUUGCGCGCCUGCUGUGCCGAGCACGGCAUUGCAACCGAUCUUGGAGACACGCAUCUCAUGCUCUGGCAACGGCUGCAGGCCGUAGUGGGGCAACCCAAACCGCAGCUGGUGGCCAUGGCCGAGGCCGCUGGACACGAAGUUUUAUUCUUGCCUCCACACUACUCGGACCUACAGCCGCUGGGCAUGAUCUGGUCUUUUAUCAAGGAUCAGGUGGCUCAGCGAUACACGCCCACAACCACCUUUGACGAGGUAUUGCUCCGCUUUUACGAGGCCCUGGGGAUGGUGACGGCGGAUCUGGUAGGAGCCAGCCUGGCCCGGGUCAGCGCCAACCUGGACCUUUUGAACGAUUACAUGGAGCGCCUGGAGCGUCUGCACGACAGCGUUGCGUCUACCCCAGCCGGAACGCUCGUCGCAGAUUAUGACAGUCCCGCCGAGAGCGACGAAUCGGAUGAUGAGUUUGUCCAAAUUGAGAGAUGCUUCCGAUUGUGUGGGGAAAGAAAGAAAUCGGGCAAGGACGCCCGAGAGAGGCAUCACGGCACAAGCUCGUGCGCUGGCAAGUCCAGUGCCGCUGCCGCCUGUCUCGUUGGUUCCUACUAA